AGUCGCAGCCAGCUUUCGUUGCACAUUCCCACACUCACUGCUGUCGACCCGCUAUUGACUACGGAGCCAAGUUUUUGAACUCGUGUAAGCUAGCGCAUCUUCUUCUUCUCCUGCGGAAGACUCCACCGUAACUCUUUGGACACUUGUCUUAUCUCAACCGGGAGCUGAGUGUCAUACAAUGAGAACAGACAAGCAAAGGCAGGGGAUGUUAAUUCUGACGAACUUGACAUGAAUGAAAACUACUGAUACUAUUACUAGGAAGCUCGGCGGCGUUGCUUAUUUCACCGCAACACAAUGGCCUCUGUGUAUUUCAUAGGGGCUUUUCUCCUGCUAACGUUGAGCUCUUUCCUGAGGAUAAAUUGCAGAGUUAUUGCUGCCACUCCUUUGACUUCAGCUAUUCGCCAUUAUGAGCCAUUAUAUUAUGAUGUAGAAAGCCUUCAUGCAGAACAUCACAGAGUGAAGAGAUCCAGCCAGAAAAAUAUUGUAUGGGAACUCUCAGCACAUGGAAAAAAAAUGAAGAUUAUUUUGAAAAGGGAUACCUCCAUCUUCACCAAUGACCUAGUUGUGGAGACAUCAGAGGGACCUGUACAUUGGGACAUUUCCAGAGUGUAUGUGGGACAUGUAUUAGAUGAUGACACUUCCUAUGUCCAUGGAGUGAUAACAAAAGAUGGCCUCUUUGAGGGAAAAAUAACCACCAAAGAUGACCAGUACAUGAUAGAGCAAUCCAAACGUUUUUUCAAAGACCCUCAGAAAUUCCAUUCUGUUAUAUAUAAAGCAGGUGAUGUGAAGGAUUUUGAACAGGGGUGUAAAUCAAAAGCAUUGUUGCAAAAAAUUCAAAGUAAACUAAAACCCGAAGGAGUUGACAGGCCACAGUCAGAAAUGAGUGUUGAAGGAAAUUUCCAUGAUCAUAAGGAUUUUGAUGAAAAAGACAAAUAUACCAAAGUGUAUCAGCGUUUUAAGAGGACUAUAGUUCCGUCCAAGACUGAAUGUGCGAUAUACAUGCAAGCUGAUCAUUUGUACUAUCAGAAACAAAACAGUGAUGUGCAUGCAGUGAUUGAACAGAUCACAAAUCACGUCCAGGCUGUCAAUCAGAUCUAUGCAUCUAUUGACUUUGACUCUAAUGGAUCACCUGAUGGUAUCAAUAUGAAAAUCAAGAGAAUAAAAGUCCACACUGACCCCAAUGCAAUAGGGUAUAAAUUUGAUGGAAACUAUGGCGUGGAAAAAUUUCUUCAGAAGUUUUCAGAGGAUAACUACACUUCAUAUUGUCUUGCCUAUAUGAUGACACACAGAGAUUUCAAUGACGGGACCCUUGGGUUGGCUUGGACAGGGAAUUUGACUCUGGCUGGGGGUGUUUGUGAAAAAUAUGCAAUAUUUUCUGGAAGUUAUGCCAGUCUCAAUACAGGGAUUGUCACCACACUGAAUAUGGGCAGUGAUGUCCCUCCCAUUGUCUCCCAUGUCACAUUGGCCCAUGAGAUAGGACAUAACAUGGGAUCAGAUCAUGACCCGGAAACCAACAGUAGCUGUGUCCCAGGGAAUCCAAAUGGGAAUUUUAUUAUGUAUGCAAGGUCCACAUCUGGAGACAAGACCAAUAACAACCGGUUCAGCCCCUGCAGCAUAGCCAUGAUGGGGCCAGUCAUGGAGAAAAAGGCGAGAGGGACAGAUGGCUGCUUUACUGCACCAACUGCUAACAUCUGUGGCAAUGAAAUUGUGGAAACUGGUGAAGAAUGUGACUGUGGUUGGGACAGCCAGUGCACUGACCGUUGUUGUAAUAAACAGUCAGACAACCCCGCUGCUGGAGAGACGCCAUGUACCUUAAAGAAGAACAUAGCAGAAUUAGGAGGCAUAAAUGCUACUUGCAGUCCAAGUCAGGGUUCAUGUUGUUCGGCGGACACCUGUGACCUUGUGACUGCCGCAGAAAACAAGACUUGCAGAGCUGCUGGAGAAUGCAGUGAAGCUUCCUACUGCAAUGGGAGCAGUUUUGAAUGUCCUGCUAGUGUAAACAAACCUAAUCAGCUUACCUGUAGCACAGGGAUAUGCAGUGAUGGGGUGUGCAGUGCUGAUAUAUGUCCAGCUUGGGGCCUAGUGGGUUGCCAGUGCUCCCCUACUGUAGAUGGAGAUUAUAAAGAUGUUAAACUGUGCCAGUUAUGCUGCAAGCAGAAUGUGACUGGCGCAGAGUGCAAGUCUACUUUUGAGAUUACCACAAUGCCAAACACAACUUUAACCUCUGGAAAACCAUGUUACAACUACAAUGGAUACUGUGAUGUGUUUCUAAAGUGCAGGCAGGUUGAUCCAAGUGGCCCUCUGUCCAUGUUAAGGAACCUGUUCUCUAGUGAUGGACUAGAGAGUAUGAAGGCCUGGCUGACUACAUAUUGGUAUGUGGUGGUGGCUGGUGGAGUGGGAUUCUUUGUUCUCAUGGCUCUUUUCAUCAGAUUCUGCAGUGUCAGUCAUGCUAAAGAUCCAAACAGGGUUGAGGAGUUAAAUUCUGAUGAAUCAGACAAAAAAAGCAAAAUAAAAAACAUUUUCUCAACCAAAAAAUCCUAUUCAAUUCCAUCAGUUGAAAAAUCAAGUCAUAGACCUUUGCCUAUUGUUCGGCCGAAUCAUACUUUACGUAUUAAUAAUAAAGAGUGCCACAAAUUAGAGCCUCAAAAACUGGAAAGCGGGCAUCCACAGUAUAAACAUAAUCAUUCCAAGCAUGACCGCCCAACUGUACAUCAGUCAUGGAAAUCCAACGAAUGGAAGAGGAAAGUGGAUCAUGAAGACCAGUAUAUAAGUAACAGGAAACCAUCUAGGAGACCCCCAAUUAGCCUCCGUCCACCAAGACUACAAAGACAUAAUAAAGUUGGCCAGUCUCCUUAGAUCUGAGGUAUUAAAACAACUUUUUUUGUGAAUAUUUGUAAGCCUUUAUUGGGUAUAUGCAUUUAUUUAUAGAAUGAAUUGGUAAAAAAAUCAUUGAAGCUCUUAAAAUUGAUGAGUGACUGUAGACUGGUAUGUAGAGCAAGGGGAGCUUUAACACCACAUCUUCUAUGAUGUAAAGGGAAUGUGAAACUUAUACAGUUUUCCUCUCUUAUUGUGGACAACUAUUCAUAUAUGACACAUAUCUUUUGGAUAAAGUGCCAGAAAUUAUUAUAUAUGCCAUUUCAAGAAAAAAAGCUAAGCUUAACCUUUUAAAGUUGUAGUAGUACCAAUCAUGAUUAUACAGGCAUUGCGCUUCCUUCAAGAAAUGCCUCUUACCCAAACAUUUUUUAUAAAUCUUUAUAUACAGCUGUUGUAGCAAAAACUUGCAGUUAUCUUAUGGUGACAGUUAUAGAAUACAAGAUAUUCAUAUUUAGAAGACAUAUUUUUGUAACAAUUUUCUUAUUCUUUUGUAAACUAUUAUAUGCUUAAUGCAACCGUCCACUAUAAGCCAGUAGUUACUUUUUAGUUUUUUUAUGUUUGUUAGCAUCUCACACAUUGUUAAAAUUGUAAAUUCCCCUCAUUGACUGUCUGAAUUAUAUCAGGGUUAUAUAGACUCUUCUGUAUGUUGUUUAUUGACAUAUUAUUGGAUAGUAAUAUCUUCGGGGUCUACUAUCACAGUUACCAUAUUGUAAGUUGUGGGUGCCUUGCCUAAUUUUAUGUUUUUCAAUGAUCUCACUUGGAUAUAUACCAAUACAUUGCUAUGUAUUUUAAUUUAGACUGUAGUUUUGUAUUUUUACCACACAACUUUGCCUGACAAAUCAGGGUAGCAGCAGUGGCAAUAGUGGCUAGAGGUAACAGACUCCCAAAUGACUAGUUUCUUUACCAGCUAUCGCAGUGGACUUCUGGGGUCACUUACAACAGAAAAUGCUAAAAGCACUUUGGGAACUAGCUUUUGUAUUCUAAUAUUGCGAGAGUCGAUGGUCUUGAGGUUAUGCAGUUGUUAGUGUGCCACCACCACUGCAAAUAUAAUUAUUUAGCUCUGAACAGAUUAAUUUAAAAGCUCAGCAUCUGUGAUAUAAAUAUUUAACCAAAUGCUUAUUCUUGAAGUAAAGACGUUGUGGAUAUGGUAUAUUCAGAUAUAUAUAUGUUCUCUAUGAAAGUUUGAAGUACAUUGUUCUGUCAAUGUUU